GAUUCUUUCAUUUUCUUCAAUUCAAUUUAAUGAAUGAAAUAACAAGGAUUAUUCUGAUUCUCUUUUCUCUCAAAUGAUUCUAGAUUCAAUUCCAUUUCAAUUUGUGUCAUUCUGAAACUUCAUUUUCCUUUCAUUUCCCUUCAUUACCCUUACACAUCUUCCCAAUCUUCCUAUUUCUGUUUUGCUAUUUUGAUCAUCAACUCACUCUUUAAAUUCACCCCAUUUCAUCUCUCUCAAUAAUCAAAAAAAUCCAUCAAAAAAAAUUUAAUCUUUCUAGUGAGAGAAAAAAAACCCAAUAAAUUUCCCUAAAUGGGUGCAAUUUACCCAACUUCCUUAUUCUCAAAUUCCAAUUAUAAUUGGCUUUUUCAUGGUGAUUGUAAUAACACAACAUGGACUAAAGAAGAAAAUAAGCAAUUUGAGAAAGCACUUGCAAUUUUUGAUGAUAAUACUCCUGAUAGAUGGUCAAGAAUUGCUGGUAUGAUUCCUGGUAAAUCUGUUAGAGAUGUAAUUAAACAAUAUGAAGAAUUAUUAGAAGAUGUUACUGAUAUUGAAGCUGGGUUAGUUCCAAUUCCUGGUUAUCUUGCUUCUUCUCCUUUCACAUUGGAAUGGGUUGAUAAUAAAAGAUUUGAUCCUUUUAGGAAAAAAUCUGGUAGUUUGAUUAGGCCUCAUGAACAUGAGAGGAAAAAGGGUGUUCCUUGGACUGAAGAUGAACAUAAGCGAUUUCUCUUAGGUCUUCAAAAGUAUGGCAAAGGAGAUUGGAGAAACAUAUCAAGAAACUUUGUCAUAUCAAAGACACCAACUCAAGUUGCUAGCCAUGCACAAAAGUACUUCCUUAGGCAAAAUUCAGAAGGGAAGGAUAAAAGAAGGCCUAGCAUUCAUGAUAUAACUACUGCAAAUCUUUCAGAUAAUACUAUCCCACCCAUUACAGAAUCUGAUGAUCAAAAACCGAAAUCACUCUUAGAACAUUCAGCUGCAUCAUUUCCCUUGCUUCAGAAAUCGAUCAACAUCGUGCCUAAUUUGUUGUUCGAUUGGAGCAACUCGGGUGGUGACGCCUUCAUGGUGUUCGACUCGACUCAUGGGCUCCAGAAUCUGUACAGCACGGCUCACCAAGGCGCCUCGGCCUAUGUAGGAUCACAUUAGAGAACCCAGGUGGAAAUGGCAUUGGAGUAACAAAGAUAAGCACAAGAAAUGAGAAAACAUAAGGAUAUAGAUAAGUCACAAGUGGUAUGGGGCCAUGUCACACCAAAUAAGCUGCAGCCAAACUAGCUGAUUGAAGGGAGGUCACCCAUGAGUGUAACUCCUUUAAAUGUGAUUGCUUGCUUUUUCUCUUCUCUUAAAUGUAAAAAAACUUUCAACUAUUCAAUAGAUUUAAGUGGAUCUAACAUGGCCAAAAGUGACCAAACCCUUCAUCAGCAUCACUUAUUCAUUGGGGUGACUUUGAAUUCCACUACAUACAUACCACUUUGGUGGUUAGAAGUUCUUAUAGCAAGGACAUCUCAAAAGAUACCCUAAUAAUUUUUCACCUUUUUACCAACUAGCUUUAUAAAAUUAUUAGUCAAUAAUAAAAAUAUGCUUCUAUAUUCAUUUAGAAGUAGUUGUUUAAUAGGCUUUUACCAAAAAUUUAUUGUACACAAAAUAUCAUAAAUUCAUAUAAGUAACAUAUUUUGGAAGUAGAUUACAAAAGGGCCAACUCAUUAGGCACUAGGUCAAUAAUUAUGUUAUUUUCCUUUUCACUCUUAAAAUAAGGAUUUGUUUUCCGGUCCAAAGAAUACACAAUGAAAGUUCAUAUAUAUAUAUAUAUAUAUAUAUAUAUAGAGGAUCAAAUAAGAAGGGUUUUAAAAUGAGAAGAAUAAGAAGGAUUUUUAUUUAAUUUUAUUUUGUUACUAUAUAUACAAAAAAGGAUACUAUGUUAUAAAUUAAAGAACAUUUUAAAAUUUAUUUCAUAGUUACUUUUCUGUGUAACAUAGUUACUUUUACAAUUAUGUGUUUUUGGCUCAAUCGUCACCAUAAA